AAUACUAGCAAAUUAGGAAUAGCAUGAGAGAAUUAGUUAAUAAUAAUAAUCACUUUAUGGAGUAGCAAUUUUCUCUCGAAAUUCAAAAGGAAGAAGAAAAGCAUCUCUCAAUCUCAAUUUCUCAAUAGCGCUGGUGGAACCUGGAUCGAUCGGCUCGUCCGUCGCCGGAGAAAUCGAUCGAUCACCAUGGCUCCGGUGAAUUCCGGGGACUCCUCGAUUUGCCAAGUUGAUGCGGUGUCAAUGGCUCCUCGAUUCGUCUUCUUCCUCUUCCUCCUGCUGCCGAUGUUGCUCUUCCCCGGCCUCGCCGCCUUCCUCCUCGCCGCAUCCCCUGUCCUGCUCCUCGCUGCAUUCCUCCUCGCCCUCGUUCUCGUGUACAGCGAACCCAACGUGCCCGAGGCGGAGGACCAUCCCAUCGGGAGCAGGACCAAGAUCAAGCCGAUCUAUCCUCAUGCCUCCUACACCACCUCCAGAUCAUCGGACGACGACGUCCAAGAGUCGGAUUCGGAAUCUGACGCCAGCUGCAGCGCGGACGAGGAGCCUGUCAGUGAGAAGGCUGCGGUGUGGACGGCAGAGGACGAGAAAAGCAUCCUGAACAUCGGCUCGCUGGAGCUGGAGAGGAACGCCGCCGUGGAGAAGCUCAUGUCCUCAAGAAGCAUGCAUCGCUACCACGCCGAUCGCGACCUCAUCGACCUCGACGGCGACGGCGACGGCCACCUGCCCCCCGGCUCCGCUCCCUCCAUGCACCGCAACCCCUUCUUCUUCGACGAUGACCAACAAGAAAAAGAAGGAGCAACAGCGGCGAUGGUGUUCAGCCGGCAUGAGAGCUUCGCCGUCGUGGGUUUCAGGCCAUACUUCGUGGCCGACAAGACGCAGCAGCCGGUCGCCGUUUCCAUUCCCAUCCCCGUUAUUAGCGAGAGCAGCGGUGGCGGCGGCUCGUCCUCGUCUUCGUCUUCCUCUGCCACCGUCGACUGUGGCGGCCAGCACAUGGACCAAGAAGCUGCAGCAACAACUGCCGACUCCUCCAGCUCCAGGGUCAUGGGGCCAACAACUGCUGACUCCUCUUCCAGCCCCAGGGCCAUGGUGACGGUGGAUGUAGAGCUGAUCAGCGACUCCUCGGAUGACGACGAAGACGAGAUGCUUUCGUUGCCCGGGCAGCAAAGGAAAGUGGCGAGCAUCGGCAUGUCAGACGACGAUGAUGGGGAGUCCUUUGAAGUGGAGAGCAUCACUCGACAGGUAAAUGAAACUUUGCAUGCUCACGCUGCUGCCGCCGCCGCCGCCGCCCGUGAAGGACAAGAAGAAGAUGAGAAGAACAGCAGCAGUAGCAGCUGGGCCAGCAAGCUGGCAUCAGUUCCCGAAGAUGAGAAGAACGAGAGGAGGGAACGCGAGGUGCUGGAGAUCAGGGAGCGCGACAUCUUUUUGGCUUCUGUUCCCGAAGCAUCCGCUGCUCCGGCAAACUCUGUCAACAUUAAUGCUGCUAGCAGUGCCGGCGGUUCUCCUCCUCUUGACACCACCGCUGCUCCCAAAGCAGCAGCAACCAAGUCAAGCAGAUACUCAUACAAGCCGCCCUCCAGGAAGGCAGUGCUGGGCUUAUUCCGAAAAUGAUGCCGACUUUUCUUCUUUUUAUUUUUUCAGUUACAAUUUGUUCUUCUUCCCUAAGUCUUUAGCCAGCCCAAGCAUACCAUACGUACAAGAGGAAUUCUAUCAAGUUUGCAAGUUACCUGGAGGUACACAGAUAAAGUAUGACGUGAGCCGUUGGUAUGGGAGGGGCAAUAUACGAAAAAAAAUUGUAUCACCAGGGUAAUGAUAUAAAUAUAAUGGUAUUAGGUUCAGGGGCGAAUUUAGAAAUUUAGUUCAUCAAGAUUACCAAGGUCAUAAUACAAAAGUCUUCCUUAAUUCUUAGUAUUAUCUUAGCUGCCUAAAUAAUAUAACAAUAGAUUUCGUCGGAGAUCAUCGGGAUCGAUUGACCCCGACGAUUGACUCUAACUUCGCCCCUAAUUAGAUUAGCAAAUGUGUCUUAUAUUUAUACCAUCCACAUAUGAAAAGUAUGGAGAAACAAUAUUUUUCAUCGUAUUGUUUACGUAGAGUUCAAUAUAUCAUGAGGAAGGGGUGACGAUGGAGAUGUGGCCGAAGAUAGGGGUGUUGACGGAUGAGGGGCUAGAGGAGGAAGAGGGACCAGAUGAAGAGACACGACUCUGUCUUACGUGGUCGUUGGAGAAAGGACGACGGCAAUCUGUAGAUUCAUUUAUUACACAAGGAACUAGAACAAUUUCCAAAGAUCACGCAAAUAUAAUCUCUACCACAUAAAUUAGACCGAAUUUUGAAAAAUGACUACAUCAUCACACAAUUUUUGUCCACACCACGUAAAUAAUAUUUAA